AUGAUCGAUAGAAGUAGUUGGAUAAAAUUCUUUAAUGAAAAUAACAUUCAAGAAAAAGAUCGAAAUAAUUGGUAUUUUUCUGGUCUAACAAUCAGAGAAUGUAAAACAGCAAUAGAAAAUGGUUGGACCAAUCAUAAAAUAUUGAAUAAUUGUGUAAAAUAUCGUAAUUUCAGAAAAAUAAACAUUUUAAAUGUUAAUAAAGAUGAAUUGGAUACAUCAUUAGAUAUACUCGAAGAUAUUCUUGAUAAAAAUAAAAAUAGUUUUAAAUCCUUACCUGUAAAUUACGAAGAUGCAAAAAUAAAUAAUUUAAAUGAUAAUUUAUUACCUAGAGGUGCUAAACAAAUUGAUCUUAAAAAGGCAAUAAUAGAUAAAAGAAAUACCAUGAGAUAUAAAAUAAACGAACCUAACAAUGAAUUUAAUAAUGAUGGAUUAACACCAGACAAAUAUCAAAAGAUAUUAAAAUCAAUAGAUGAAACUCAAGAAAUAAUCUUUAACAAAUGGAAAAAUAAGGUCACGCCUGAAUUUCUCAAUAAAUUCUUGGGUACUUUCUUAAAAAGAAAAGGUGAUGAAAAUCUUACAGAAAAGAAUCUAGAUAAAUGUGGAAUAACUGGUGCUGAAGUUCUAGAAGAAGAAAAAAAACUUGAUAAAUCAUUAGCUGGAACAUAUUUAUUACCUUAUGUUUUCAAUCUAAUAGAUUUUGAUCCAGAUAAAUUAAAAAAUAAUGAUGGUACUUAUAACAAAGAUUAUUUUGCUAAAGUAAAGGAUGUUCCUGGUGAAGGUAAAAUACUUGAUGUUGAUGGACCUGGAAUCUUACCUAUCUUAACAGGUGGAGGUAAAACAACUAAAUUAGUAAGAUGUUUACUAACAUGUGUUUUUCCUAGUAAACAUAUCAUCUUAAUCACACCUAACGAAGAAUUAGCUGCUGAUGCUGAGAAUCAUCACAAUACUUGGUUACAAUAUGCUAAUGGUAUUCCUUAUAAAUGUGUAAUCCAUGGAAAAGAAGGAGAAUUACCUUAUAUAGUUAAAAAUGAAACAAGUGGUGAAGAUGGUAAAUCAACAUUAUCAAUUCUACAACUACAUCAUCUAGUUAGAUACAUAGCAUAUGAAAAAGUAAAAAUCAAAGAAUUAAAAGAUACCAAAAAUCAUUAUAAAAAUUUUGAUCAAGUACUGAUCGAUAUAAAAGAAAAAUUAAUAGAUAAAGAAAAUACAAUAAUCAUCUUUGAUGAAGCUCAUUUUCCAAAUACAAGUUAUCAAGUUGUGCAACCAUUAGUCAUCAGAAUGGAAUAUAACGUUUUAUUAAUGAGUGCAACAUUUCCAAAGAAAAAUUUCUCUAUAUCAACCUCUAAACCUAGAGAAGUUUAUUCAAUAAGUAAAUUUGAUAAAGAAAUAACAAUACCUCAACCAACAUUACCUAAUCAACCAAAAUUACCUGAUAAAAUAAUAAAAACAGAUUGGGAAAAUGAAAAAACACAAAUCUUUUUCAGAACAACUGCAAACGAAUAUGAUAGAAAAGCAACAGGUGAAGAAGAUUUAACAAAACCUUUAUUGAAAUCAGGAUUAACAUUAAAACAAUUUGAAAUGUUGAAAAAAAGUGAUAUACCAUUUGUAAUAUUUGAUAGUACAAAUUCUUCUGCAGUAACUGGUAUAACUGAAGGCAUGCCACCUAGUUCUCUUUUCAUAGCAAAUAUAAAUCACGAAAUGGGUUUUAGCCCUGCUAUAGAUAAUGUAAUAUUAACUGGAGAAACACAACUAAAAAAAUUAGGAAAAGGACCUGCUGCAGGCAGAUGGAUUUAUGAUAAACCAUCAACUCAAUUCUUAUCAGUUGCUAGUAUGAUUCAACAAAUAGGUCGUGUUGGUCGUCUCACACCUGGUAAAGCUUUCUUGACAACACAAAAAUUAAAAGAAUUGAAACCUCCAAAAGAUAUCAUAUAUCAUAUUAUAAGUGGAAUAAUACUUCCUAAAAGUGAAAAACCGAUGACAGAAUUGAAUAGAAAAGGUUAUCCAUUUGCUGCAACUACAGAAGAUCAUGAAUAUCAAAAUUUAUUAUGGGCAUCUAUAGCUCUUCCUUACAAAAAAAAUCGUCCUGUGGAAGCUGUGAUGAUCGGUAUGAAAGGAGAUCCUAGAGGAACUAUUAGUAAUAGAGAAAUUUGUCCAACAUAUGAAAACGAACCUGAUCCAAAC